AUGACAGCAUCAGCCACCAUGGACGAUCUCACCGGCGGAAGCCCAAAGGCUGAUCAUCUCUGCGUCCUAGUCCACGGUCUUUGGGGAAAUCCAAGCCAUAUGCGCAACAUUGCCAAAACCUUGCGCGAACAGUAUUCUUAUGACGAGCUCUAUCUUUUGCUUGCGAAGCAGAAUAGCGGCAAUUUUACCUACGAUGGCAUUGAGCGUGGGGGUGAGCGCGUCUGCGCAGAGAUUGAGCGCGAGUUGCGUAAGAUUGAGGAUGAGGGCGGCAAGAUCACCAAGUUGAGCAUAGUGGGAUACUCUCUUGGAGGAUUGGUGUCGCGAUAUGCUGUCGGUCUUCUCUAUGCGAAGGGAAUUCUCGACACUCUUUAUUGCAUGAACUUUACCACAUUCGCAUCUCCCCAUCUCGGCGUCCGAUCUCCCCUCAAGGGCUGGCACAACCAUAUCUGGAACGUCCUCGGCGCAAGGACGCUCUCCAUGUCAGGCCGACAGCUCUUCACCAUCGACAAGUUCCGCGAUACCGACCGACCCCUCCUCUCCGUGCUGGCCGAUCCCAACUCCAUCUUCAUGUCUGGCCUGCGCAAGUUUAAGCGCCGUACGCUCUACGCCAACACCAUCAACGAUCGAAGUGCUGUAUACUACACCACCUGCAUCGCCAAGACAGAUCCCUAUACGAACCUGGACAAGGUCAAGCUCAACUACCUCAAAGGCUACGAAGGCGUGCUACUUGACCCGAACAACCCGGUUGCGCCAUUUCCGAAACUUCAGACUCCUGCGUCGCUAUCAACGGUUUAUGCAUCAAGUGUGAAGUGGUUCAAGCGCAUUCCGUUCAUGCUAGCGAUCGGUGUACUUGUUCCAGUUGGUGUGGUUGCCUUCUUGAUCAACUCGGUCAUUCAGACUAUCCGCAGCUCCAGCCGGAUCAAGCUGCACGAGAUGGGACAAGGCGGUCUCAAUAUCGAAGAUUACCGCAUGUCCAUGUGGAUUAAGGAAAUCCGUGAAGAAGUGGAACAUACAUACGAGGCCAUCAACAGCUCACAGAACCAAGAGUACCUUGGCACGGAAGAUGAAGAAGAAGAUGAGCACCUAGACGUUGAGCAGCGGACUGUGAUUCGGAGAGAACGCAGAAUGUCGACAGUUUCUCAACCCACGCUUGCGUUGGCCCCGUAUCAGUUCGAGAUGAUUCGGAACCUGGACGAUCUCGGCUGGCGGAAGUACCCCGUGCACAUCCAGAACCAUAGACAUACCCAUGCCGCCAUCAUUGUGCGGUUUGAGAAGAAGGGGUUCGAGGAGGGCUGGGUGGUGCUGAAGCACUACGCCGGGAGCGAGUUCUUGAUUUAG